AUGCUAUCCGCCGCCCGUACCGAACUUCGCAAGACCAGCCUGCGCCUAGGCACUAUGGCGAGAUUUUACUCCCCAGAGGGCUCUACAGGUGCUCCCAGAGGCCAGAGUGCGGAUGAUGCCUUCUCUAAGCGCGAGAAAGCGAACGAGGACUUCUACAUCAAAAAGCACGAACGCGAGCAACUAGCGCAGCUUCGUGAGCAGCUGCAGAAGCAGCAACAGAAGAUUGACAACCUCGAGGAGCAAUUGCGCAAGUAA